UGUAGAAAAAGCUGCAGAUAUUUCUCCCUGUUACACUGUUAUCUCUUGAUGCCAGAACAGCAAUGGAUAAUAACUGAUCUUUAAACCUAAUCCUAAACCUAUAGUCCAUCACUCACUGCAGAGGCUCCCGAAUGCCUCUAUAAAUAGGUACAAGAGGCGGAGAGGUUAUGAUGCCUGAAACAGACAUCAUGUGACAAUGAGUGUUUUGGUACCCAUGCAGCAAGGAUAUUUCUGAGCAUCAGACAAUUGCAAGGGAUGCCAGGGGUUAUAAUGGUGAAUCCAAAUAGCAUUCCACACAUCAUUUAUAUGGACUGAGGAUCUAUCUGGGGGGGAUUAACAGGGCUGAGAUUGAGCUGUCACACAAACCAGGACAGAAGGCUUGGGGGGAUUAAUUGUUAGGCAGGGGGUCUAGCCUUUUAGAACAAUAUGCAUCAAAGCACCAAAUUCCGCUCUCUCAGCCUCAGCUGCCCAACACGUUCAGCCAGCGAGAUGGAUGCAGCACUGGGGGGUCACGGAACAGGAAAACCAGCCAGACCAUGUGGGUCUAAUCUGGGUAGGAGCAGAGGAAUUCGGACUCAUCUGAGCUGCCUCUCGCAGAAGUCUGAUUCUUUCAGUGACUUCUCAUCUUUACAAUAUGACAGUAAACACAGCCAGGCACUGAAACGAUUAACUCCCGAUGAAGCAAGAAGAUGGGCACGUUCUUUUGACCUUCUUCUGUCUCAUAAAUAUGGCCGCACAGUGUUUCGCGCCUUCCUCCAGACAGAAUUUAGUGAGGAGAACCUUGAAUUUUGGAUGGCUUGUGAAGAGUACAGAAAAACCCGUUCACUCAAUAAGCUUUCAGCGAAAGCUCAUCACAUAUUCCAGGAGUUUAUUGAUGUACAGGCUCCAAGAGAAGUGAAUCUUGAUUACCCAAGUCGUGAACUGAUAAAGCGCAACCUGCUGCACCCUACUUUGUCUUGUUUUGACCUUGCACAGCUGAGAAUACACAGCCUAAUGGAGAGAGAUUCUUACCCAAGGUUUCUUCGUUCAAAAAUGUACAAUGAGCUUCUCAGCCACACUCAGAAGAGCCCAUGCUAGUGCCAAGCUAGAAAUAAGAGUGAAGAAGUGGCUACAGGGACAUUGUGACCUGCUGCCUUUCUCAAAAGAACUGACUUGCACUUUAAUGAGUGGACAAAGACUGACUAAAUAUCACUGUCUAUGUGUUGCAAACCAUUUUCUGGCUUAUGCUUGUUUACCUAUACCUCCUCAAGACCUGCUAUAAAAAAAUAACUGAACGCAAAGAAAAGUAUCUGAUCAAUGCAAAUGCGUCAAGACUGUUAGGGCUUCUUAAUAUCUUCCUCUGUAUUUUCACCUAUUGUCUGCAGAUAUGUCACUAAGGAACCUUAGUUUACGGUUGGUAAGCACAUUAUAUAUAUAUAUAUAUAUAUAUACUUACAGAUUGGCAGUAAUGAGAACCUAACAAAGGUACUGACCAUGAGAAUUCAAAAGGAGGAGUUCACAGAUGCUUAUACAACAAUGGAUUGUAUCACGUGCAUUAUCAUGAUAGGGACUUUAUAGUCCUCAAACCAGUGCCACUAUUGUGGGCAACUUUGAUGUCACUGCUGGGACAAGGUACACGAGUCUCUAUUUCAGCUCCUCACUUGUGCUUCAUGCAUAGGCAUACAGCUGCAUCUUGUUGCUAAACUAACUCCCUGUAUCCUGCAAAUGCUACCUUUGGUUGCAAUAUGUGCUGGAUGACUGUGUUGUGUUGGGUAUACUUAAAAGGGUAGUUCACCUUUAAAUUUACUUUUAGCAUGAUGCACACAGUGCUAUUCUGAGGCAGUUUUUUGUGGUGCUUGAAUUAUUUAGUUUAUUAUUUAGCAGAUUUAGAGUUGGGAAUUUAAGCAUCUAUUUGUUUGGUAGAUUUUAAUAUACCCUAGCCACCAGGCAGGUGUUUAAAUGACCUACUAAAAAAUGAAUAGAAGAGGCCCUGAACAGGCAGAUAAGUCAUAAAAAUAAGCAAUAACCAUAAAACUGCAGCCUUAUAGGCCAGUGACCCCCAGCAAAAAAGAUAGCAUUUUAAAAUGCAAGCUAGAGGGAGAAGAGGAAUGCAAUAACUCAAAAACUGCAUAAAACAAAGAACUACUGAAACAUUGAUAAAUCUAGCACCUACUAUUACAUACUAAAAUUAACUUAAAAGUGAACUACUCUCAGUACAGCUGUAUCUACAUUAAAUACAUAUCCAAUGAGCAAUAAGAGGGGCUAAGUUUGCUCACGAGCAGUAACACAUAUCAACCAAUGAGAUAUUUGCUUUUAAUCCUACCGGGUGCAAGUAAUCUAAAUGCAGUUACUAUACCUAUUACCGUCACAAUGUAUUCAUUUUAAUAGGAUACCCAGCUCCUUCUACUAGCAGUCGGUGCAUGGAGAUCCUUGGUACAUCACAUAUAUCUGAGCUGGGGUGGUAUUGACAUUUAGAUCAAUUGCACAAGUAGAAGUGAUUAAAAGGCUAAGUGUGCCACUGUCCUCAGGCUUAUGGCACAUGGGACUGUUCCUGGUGGUUUGUCUUAGAACAUUUUCACCUGGAAUGGACUCAAAGAAAAGUGUGAAAUUAUCAGUGUGCCUAAAGCACAUGUUUGUGGUAAUAAUCACCUGAAUGUGACAUAGCCACAGACUUUAUCAGAGACAAUCUCAAGCAUUUCUGUGAGUUUUUUUCCCUGGCAUGUGCCAUAACCCUUGUUAUUGUUAAUGUCAUAUUCAAUAAAUGUACACAAAUCAGUUCUGUAUUAUGUGGACACUCUGUAAUAAUUUGUGAUUAUAAUAGUGUUCCCCACACACUGAACGUGAAAACAUUGACAGGUGAGAACCAUAAGCUGUGGAACCCAGCUUCAUCGUAACUCAUUAUCAGACAGAAUCAAGACUCCACAUUGGUAAAAUGGAACAAAACUAUGGAAAAAACUAUCAUACUCUUUGAAUAUAAUGUAAUCCACAAAAAGUUAAUGGUAUACUUGCUUGUAAAUGCACUGCCCCUGAUCAUGUUCUUUGAUGAAAUAAUACUCGGCAUUGGCAACAUGAAAUAAA